CCCAUUGAAAAAAAUUAUCAGCAAGGCCGCACAGGCCUGCGCUGCAAUCAACCCACCCCGUCAUUGCCUCCCAGUUUCAAGUGCCAUCUACGACGCCGAGGCCCUCCUCGUUCAGCUAUAGCGUGCCUCGCGUUUUGCAGAUACAGAAGAAAACGACAUAAAACGGAUAAGCACGGCGGCACAUUGUCACCCACCACCGCUUCUUCACUCUUUCUUCUUUCAACCUUCUGCCGCAUCUCUUAUGUAAUACUUCUCCUUCCCUUUGAAAACGAAAGAAGCUCGCUCUGCUUUGGAGUUGGUAGGGAAAGGACAAGAAAGACUGGUAGUUUUGGAGCUACUGUUUGUGGUAAGGUUGGUCCCACCAAACCCAGUUCUGGGAGGCUCUUUGUGGGCUGCAGAGCUCGGCUUCUUGUUCUCUCUGAUAGCAUUCAGUGUAGAAUACAGGACGGUUACCAGAAACAUAGGCGAAAGCGUGUACUUGCUGUGUCGAAAGUCGAAACGUUUAGUUCCAAUGGUAGGCUGCAGAAUGUUGAGUAUACCCCACCUGGGGGUUUGAAUGGAAUGGACUCUUCCAAUGGUUUCGAAGAAUUUGAGAGUAACAAUCAUCUCCGCAGGUUGGUCAGAAAUGGGGAAUUAGAAGAGGGAUUUAAGUUUCUAGAGAACAUGCUUUAUCGUGGUGAUAUGCCGGAUAUUAUUGCGUGUACAAGUUUAAUCCGGGGUUUUUGUAAGAGUGGAAAGACAAAGAAGGCGACUCGGAUUAUGAACAUUCUAGAAGACUCCGGGGCUGUCCUUGAUGUUAUAACUUACAAUGUCUUGAUCAGUGGCUACUGCAAGGCUGGUGAGAUUGAUAAUGCUUUGAGGGUUUUGGACCGGAUGAGUGUUUCUCCAGAUGUUGUUACGUAUAAUACAAUUUUGCGUACUUUGUGUGAUAGUGGGAAAUUGAAGCAAGCAAUGGAAGUUCUUGAUCGACAGAUGCAAAGGCAAUGUUAUCCAGAUGUGAUUACAUAUACCAUACUGAUCGAAGCAACUUGUAAGGAAAGUGGGGUUGAGCAGGCGAUGAAGCUUUUGGAUGAGAUGAGGAGCAAAGGAUGCAAGCCUGAUGUGGUCACUUAUAAUGUUCUUAUAAAUGGAAUUUGCAAGGAAGGACGGUUGGAUGAAGCAAUCAAAUUCUUGAACGACAUGCCAUCAUCUGAUUGCCAACCAAAUGUCAUUACCCACAAUAUUAUUUUGCGUAGCAUGUGCAGCACCGGGAGGUGGAUGGAUGCUGAGAAACUAUUAGCUGAAAUGGUUCACAGAGGCUGUUCUCCCAGUGUAGUUACUUUCAAUAUUUUGAUUAACUUCUUGUGCCGGAAGGGUUUAUUGGGUAGAGCAAUUGACAUUUUGGAGAAGAUGCCAAAGCACGGUUGUACACCAAAUUCCUUGAGUUACAACCCACUGCUUCAUGGCUUUUGCAAGGAAAAGAAGAUGGAUAGGGCAAUUGAGUAUUUGGAUACAAUGGUUUCUCGGGGCUGUUAUCCCGACAUUGUAACCUACAAUACUUUGCUCACAGCUUUGUGCAAAGAUGCAAAGGUUGAUAUCGCAGUUGAGAUACUUAAUCAACUAAGUAGCAAGGGUUGCUCUCCUGUUCUAAUCACAUACAAUACAGUGAUUGAUGGGCUCUCAAAGGUGGGGAAAACAGAACGUGCCUUAGAACUUUUGCAUGAGAUGCGCAAAAAGGGUUUAAAGCCCGAUGUAAUAACUUAUUCUUCUCUUGUGGGAGGGCUUAGCAGAGAAGGAAAGGUUGAUGAGGCAAUUAAGUUUGUCCAUGAUUUGGAAGAUGCGGGCGUCAAGCCGAAUGCUAUCACUUUUAACUCCAUCAUGUUGGGGCUUUGCAAGGCUAAGCAAACUUGUCGUGCAAUUGAUUUCCUCGCUUAUAUGGUAUCUAGAGGAUGCAAACCUACUGAAGCAACAUACACAAUUCUCAUUGAAGGCAUAGCUUAUGAAGGGUUAGCAAAAGAGGCUCUGGAGUUAUUGAAUGAAUUGUGCUAUAAAGGGGUUGUGAAGAAAAGCUCUGCUGAACAGGUGGCAGUCAAGAUGUAGACGUACGCAGUUCAACUUUUACUCUCGGAUGGUAGGUCAUUGUUUAAGUAUGCCAUUGAAUUCCGUCGACCUCAUUUCCCAUGAUAAUGAUUUCCAUGGUGUCCAAAGUAUGUUUUCUUUAACUCACUCGUUUUCUUUGUCUUGAGGAGCGAAAUCCAAAAUCGAUUUUGUUAGAUAUCCAUGUAAUCUUCUCGUCAUUUUAUUUGAUCUGUUUCUUGUGCUGCCGAUGAAUCCAUUGUUAUCUGUCGAAGUGUCGAUUAGUUUCCACUCUCUAAAUAUUUAUGAUAGUUCCCUUUAA